AUGUCUUCCACAUCCUAUCCACCUGAGGACCCUACCGACAAGACGAAUGCCUCGCGAGGACUGAUCACCAGUCUAGAGCCCUGCGUGGUGUACUCAGACACCGACCCGGCACGAGCCAUUUGGGACAAUGAUUCUUUUGACUUCUUGGCAAAAGAGUACCCUCCCCAUUUCACAAACCCAUCUCUCUGGAGGCAGUCCCAACUUUGCCAAAAGCAGGGUCUAUUUGGAGUUCGACCUGGAAUCUACCAGGUCCGGGGGCUCGAUCUUUCGAACAUCACUUUCAUCGAGUGUCCGAACACAAAAGGCGUGGCCGUUAUCGACCCGCUCACUUCUGUUGAAACAGCCAAGAAGGCCCUUGAACUGUACCAAGGCCAGUUCCCAGAUAGGGCUAUCAAAGCUUUGAUCUACACCCAUUCCCAUGUGGACCAUUUCGGCGGAGCCAAGGCCAUCGCAGAUGCUGCUGGCGAGGGUCUGAAGGUGUACGCCCCUAAUGGAUUCCUUGAACAUGCCGUGAGUGAGAACGUCUAUGCUGGAAACGCCAUGGGCCGUCGAGCGGUCUACAUGUACGGCGAGUCUCUGCCACGACAGCGGGACGGCCAAAUCGGCUGCGGACUAGGUCUCACCGUUUCAACUGGUGUAUCGGGAUUGAUUCCGCCCACGACCGGUAUCAAGCGUACGGGGGAGAAAAUCAUUGUAGAUGAUGAUCUGGAAAUCGAAUGUCAAUUAACUCCUGGAACCGAGGCGCCGGCGGAGAUGAACAUGUAUUUCCCUCAGUAUAACGCUCUCUGCAUGGCUGAAAAUGCUACUCACACUCUCCACAACAUCCAAACACUGAGAGGGGCUUUAGUACGCGACGCCAGAGUUUGGGCCAAAUACCUUGAUGAGGCUAUCGUGCGCUAUGGAAAGGAUGCCCAUGUUGUAUUCUCUAGCCAUCAUUGGCCGACAUGGGAUAACGAGAACGUCAAUGAGUUCCUGACCAAGCAGCGCGAUCUAUAUGCCUAUCUGCAUAAUGAAACUCUCCGUCUUCUCAACACAGGCCAAACAGGUAUAGAAAUCGCCGAAAACUUUCAUCUUCCACCAUCCUUGAACAACACCUGGAGUGCCCGCGGCUACUAUGGUUCGAUCAGCCACAAUGUCAAGGCGAUCUACAAUCGCUACAUGGGCUGGCUCGACGGGAAUCCUGCUCACCUAUGGGAACACACACCCGUGGCAUCCGCAAAGCGCUACGUGAAAUGCAUGGGUGGGAUAGCGAAAGUGAUCGACUUGGCUAAAGAGUACACAGACGAGGGAGAUCUUCGUUUCGCCGCAACACUCCUCAACCAUGCUGUCUAUGCUGACCAAAACAAUGACCAGGCUAGAAGCGAGCUCGCAUCAGUUUAUCGCAAACUGGGGUACGGCGCGGAAAAUGGCGUCUGGCGUAAUUUUUACCUUACUGGAGCGCGCGAGCUGCAUCCCCAGAAUAAACCUGUCGGUUCCCAGCUAGCCAUGUCAGCUGAGUUAUUGAUGGCUCUUGAUUUGGAGCAAUUGUUCGAUACUAUUGCUAUGCAUGUUGAUGGACCCAAAGCAUGGGGUCGGUCACUCACGAUCGACUUUAUGAUCACGGACAUGAGUCGGGGAUGGCAUUUGAACUUGAGCAAUGGUGCCUUGACUGGCCAUGGAAUUGAGUACCGCGAGCCGUCGAAUGAGAGAGACGCGUCUUUGGUGAUCUGGUUGACGCACAAGGAUCUGACUGCUUUGAUUGCUGGAGACAGAAAGGAUCUUGGCGGCCUCACCACGGCCGGAGAUGUGAAAUACUGGGAAACGUUAGUGUCAUUGCUCACUACGCCUGACCCUGCGUUUGCGAUCGUGACUCCCAGAGCGAUUCAGGGCUCAUCGACCUAA